AUGGAGUGGAGGACACCUGCACUGUGUGUACUGCUCCUGGCUCUUAGCUGGGGCCUCCAGGCAAAUGCUAUUAGGGUCCGCCGCAGCAACCAUAUCAACAACAUCUGUAGCAUGUGGGGUCAUUUCCACUUUAAAACCUUUGAUGGAGAUGUGUACCAGUUCCAGGGGACUUGUGAAUACAACCUUGUCUCUGAGUGCCAAAUUCCUGUGCAGGGCUUCUCAGUACAUGUGAAAAGAUCACAGUCCCAUGGGAACCCACAGAUCACCAGAGUGCUGGUUACCAUAGGAGACAUGGCCAUUGUGCUCACCAAGAAACUGGUUAUGAUCAACGAAGAGAUUAUAAAACUUCCCUAUUAUUUAGCAGGGGUGCUGCUGGAAAAGAAUGCUAUUUACACUAAAUUAUAUGCUAAACUGGGCCUCAGUGUCAUGUGGAACAGAGAGGAUGCUGUCAUGGUGGAACUAGACACUAAAUAUUCUAAUAAUACCUGUGGACUUUGUGGAGACUUCAAUGGCAUUCCCAUUUAUAAUGAGUUCUUGGCUGAAGCUCGCGUGACUGGCUCUGUUGAGUUUGGUAACAAGCAAAGGAUUUAUGGGCCCAAUGAUGGCUGUGUGGACCCUUAUGAAGAAGAUGAGGCUGAUCAAGACACAGUGGACAAGUGUCAAAAAUUUCAGGGAGACUGCUCAGCUCUGCUGCAGAGUCAGGACUGGUCUUCCUGCAGGAAGGUGUUAAGUCCUGAGCCCUACAUCCAGGCCUGUGUAGUGGACAGGUGCUGGAGUCAUCCUAGGGACAUGGAAAACACUGCUACUCUGUGUUUUACGUUGUCUGAGUACUCCCGCCAGUGCUCCCAUGCAGGGGGCAUACCACCAAACUGGAGAACAUCCACCUUCUGUGCGGUACAGUGCCCCUUUAACAUGGAGUACUCUGAGAGUGGAUCUCCCUGUGUGGACACAUGCACACACAGAGACACCAGCUCACUGUGUGAAGAACACAAGAUGGAUGGCUGCUUCUGUCCACCUGGUACUGUGUUUGAUAACAUCUCAGAGAAGGGAUGCAUCCCUCAGGAAGAGUGCCAGUGUAAGCACAAUCAGACCUAUAACCCUGGAGAUGUGCUCCUCAAGGAUGACGAAGAAUGUGUGUGUCAAAAUGGCAGUUGGGCAUGUGAGCGUCUGCCAACCCCAGGUGUGUGUGCUGUAGAGGAGGGUUCACACUUUACUACUUAUGAUGGUAAAGAGUUUACCUUCCAUGGGGACUGCUACUAUGUCCUUUCCAAGGACUGUGUAGGAUCUAAGUUCCUUAUUUUGGGUCAGCUUAUUCCCUGUGUUGCUCAAAAAACUGACACCUGCCUGAAAUCCAUUGCCCUGCUACUCAACAAUGACAAGAAUAAUGCGUUAAUCAUCAAAGAAGAUGGCCUAGUCAGGCACAAUGGCGAGAUCACCCUCCCUUACACCACAGGUGACAUCACCAUGUUCAGACCAUCGUCCUUCCACAUCAUGAUACAGACAUCUUUUGGGCUACAGAUGCAGGUGCAGCUUGUUCCACUCAUGCAACUCUACAUCACUUUGGAUAAGAGCUUCCAGACCAAGACCUGCGGUCUGUGUGGGAACUUUAACAUGGUGUUGUCUGAUGACCUGAAAACCCCACAAGGCUUAGUAGAAGGGACAGCUGCCUCCUUUGGGAACUCCUGGAAGGCACACCCUAACUGUCCUGACAGCAGUGACAGGCUGGAUGACCCAUGCAGCUACAGCGUAGACAGUGAGAGCUAUGCAGAGCACUGGUGUCUAAAACUGAAGGAGAAGGAAGGCCAAUUUGCUAAAUGUCACUCUACUGUUAACCCAGAGAAAUACUACAAGAGAUGCAAGUACUCAGCCUGCACAUGUGAGAAGAGUGAAGACUGUCUGUGUGCGGUCUUCUCCUCCUAUGUGCGAGCAUGCACGGCAAAGGGAAUCUUCCUGCAAGGCUGGAGAGACACAGUGUGCGAUAAAUACACUGCGCGCUGCCGAGCCUCCCAGACUUUCUCCUACAUGCUGCAGGGUUGCCAGCGCACAUGUGACUCCCUGGGCUCAGAGCGCCAGGGCUGCAGCACUCAAUACACCCCUGUGGAUGGAUGUGCCUGUCCCGCUGGACUCUAUGAGGAUGAGAAUGGUGGUUGUGUGCCCAUGGAAAAAUGCCCCUGUUACCACAAUGGAGAGCAUGUUAAACCUGGCAAGUCCAUUAACAUCAGAAAUGAGCACUGUGUUUGUACAAAUGGAAAACUCAACUGCAACACCUGGAAGCCCCUUAUUACAGACUGUCCUGCUCCAAAGGUCUUCUUUAACUGCAGUGACGCAUCAAUAGAUAAGCAUGGGUUAGAGUGUGCACAAACAUGCACACACCACAGCAUUGAUUGUUACCUUGCAGAGUGCGAAUCUGGAUGUCAGUGUCCCACAGGCCUUCUGGAUGAUGGUCUUGGUCACUGUGUUAAAGAACAUGAAUGCCCUUGUCAACACAAUGGACACUUAUACGCUGCAGGGGCUAAAAUACCAGACAGUUGCAAUUCAUGUACCUGUAAACGUGGCAAGUGGGAAUGCACAGACAAAAAAUGCCCUGGGACUUGCACCAUCUAUGGCAGUGGACAUUACAAUACAUUUGACAAGCAGAGGUUUGGCUUCAAUGGAGACUGUGGUUAUGUAGCUGUCCAGAACAAGUGUGGAAAUAAGACAGGCACAUUCCAUGUGAUCACAGAGAAUGUACCCUGUGGGACAACAGGAACCACUUGUUCCAAAGCUGUUCGGAUUCUGCUGGGAAGAACACAGUUGGAGCUGAUAGAUGGCAUCAUAACAGAAAGCGAGCUUCAAAGUGGGCCAAAAAUUAACUACAAAGUGAGAAACAUGGGCCUUUACCUGGUUAUUGAGUCUGAUGCUGGCCUGGCAGUGUUAUGGGACCGCAAAACCACAGUACGCAUCAUUCUGCAACCACAACACAUGGGAGAGGUUUGUGGAUUGUGUGGAAACUACAAUGGAAAUGGCAAAGAUGAUUUCACCACUCAAGGUCAACUGCAAGUUUCUGACAUCAUGGAGUUUGUAAACAGUUGGAAAGCACACACUUCCUGUUCUGAUGCUGAGCAAGGCUUUGAUCCAUGUAUUAAAAGUCAGAGCCGCACCACUUGGGCAAAAAUGCAAUGCAGUAUAAUCAAAGGAGAUACAUUCAAAGACUGCCACAAAAUGGUGGACCUGACCCCAUAUUUUGAAAACUGUGUAAGAGACUCAUGUGCGUGUGACACUGGUGGUGACUGUGAGUGUUUCUGUACUGCUGUGGCAGCCUAUGCCCAAGCCUGCAAUGAAGCUGGGGUCUGUGUGGCCUGGCGAACACCAGACAUCUGCCCUGUGUUCUGUGACUACUACAAUGGACCAGAUGAAUGCACAUGGCAUUACAAUCCGUGUCUCACACCAUGCUACAAAACUUGCCUGAACCGUGAAGGCCAAUGCAAGGACCCUUUACCAAACCUGGAAGGAUGUUAUCCAGUGUGUCCGGCUGACAAACCCUUUUUUGAUGAGGAGAAUGACACUUGUGUUGACACAUGUAGCAUAAUGUGCUUCAUCGAUGGAACUAUGUAUAAUGUUGGGGCAAAAAUCCCAAGUAGAAAGCCAUGUCAUUCAUGUUGGAAGCAGUUCAACGAAAGCAACAACUACCCCAAUCAUUACAACUCGCCCCACAACAUCUAA